CGGGCGGCCAUUUUGUGAGGCGGCGUCGGAGGUGCUGGCUGCAGUGGGCUCCGGGAAGCCGUUCGGGCUGGGGCUGUCGGCCGCGGGGCUGAGGCACUCGCGCGGGGGGUAACUCGGGUCUGGGUUCUGGUGCCGCGCAAGCUCUCCCCGAAUUAUUUCACUCGUGUCCUUCCAAAGUUCACCAGAGCUUCAGUCUAAAAGUUGGUUUUAAUUGGGUUGCCCACAGGAUUGACUUGGCCUCUACUUAAGAAAAUACAUCUCUUGUUUUACAAGAUGGCGCACUGUGUGACCUCGGUUCAGCUGUCCGUUUCCUGUGACCAUCUCAUUGACAAGGACAUCGGCUCCAAAUCUGACCCACUCUGCAUCCUUUUACAAGAUGUGGGAGGGGGCACCUGGGCUGAGCUUUGCCGGACUGAGCGAGUCCGGAACUGCUCAAGCCCCAUGUUCUCCAAGACUCUGCAGAUUGAGUACCACUUUGAGACUGUCCAGAAGCUACGCUUUGGAAUCUAUGACAUAGACAACAAGACACCAGACCUGGGGGAUGAUGACUUUCUAGGGGGAGCUGAGUGUUCCCUAGGUCAGAUUGUGUCCAGCCAGACUCUGACUCUACCCUUGAUGUUGAAGCCAGGGAAGCCUGCCGGCCGGGGAACCAUCACUAUUUCAGCCCAGGAGUUAAAGGACAGUCGUGUAGUAACCAUGGAGGUGGAAGCUAGAAACCUAGAUAAGAAGGACUUCCUAGGAAAAUCUGAUCCGUUCUUGGAGUUCUUCCGACACGGUGAUGGGAAGUGGCACCUGGCAUACAGAUCUGAGGUAGUCAAGAACAACCUGAACCCCACGUGGAAGCGCUUCUCAGUUCCUCUUCAGCAUUUCUGCGGUGGGGACCCCGGCACACCCAUCCAGGUACGCUGCUCAGACUAUGACAGUGAUGGGUCACAUGAUCUCAUUGGUACAUUCCACACCACCUUGGCCCAGCUUCAAGCAGUCCCGGCUGAAUUUGAAUGUAUCCACCCUGAGAAGCAGAAGAAAAAGAAAAGCUACAAGAACUCUGGAACUGUCUGUGUCAAGACUUGCCGGGUUGAAACAGAGUAUUCCUUCCUGGACUAUGUCAUGGGAGGCUGCCAAAUCAACUUUACUGUGGGUGUGGACUUCACUGGUUCCAAUGGGGACCCUUCCUCACCUGACUCCCUGCACUAUCUGAGCCCUACAGGAGUCAACGAGUAUCUGACAGCACUGUGGAGUGUGGGCAGUGUGGUUCAAGACUAUGACUCAGACAAACUAUUUCCAGCAUUUGGAUUUGGGGCCCAGGUACCCCCUAAUUGGCAGGUCUCACAUGAAUUUGCCUUGAACUUCAAUCCCAGUAAUCCCUAUUGUGCAGGCAUCCAGGGCAUUGUAGACGCCUACCGUCAAGCGCUGCCCCAAGUCCGUCUUUACGGCCCUACCAACUUUGCACCCAUCAUCAACCACGUGGCUAGGUUUGCAGCCCAGGCUGCACAGCAGAGGACUGCCUCGCAAUACUUCGUACUGUUGCUUUUGACUGACGGCGCUGUGACAGACGUGGAGGCCACAUGUGAGGCUGUGGUCCAAGCCUCAAAGCUGCCCAUGUCCGUGAUCAUUGUGGGCGUGGGUAGUGCUGACUUUGAGAUCAUGGAGCAGCUGGAUGCUGAUGGUGGCCCUCUUCGUACACGCCGUGGAGAAGCAGCUACCCGUGACAUAGUGCAGUUUGUGCCUUACCGACGGUUUCAGAAUGCUCCACGGGAGACACUGGCACAGACUGUACUUGCAGAAGUGCCCACUCAGCUGGUUUCCUACUUCAAAGCCCAAGGUUGGGCCCCAUUCAAAGACCCUCCAGCUCCAGCCACGGGCCCUGCACAGCCCCCCGAGGCAUAGGUUUGCUCGGAGAGUAGGCUAUGGUCAGUCUACUUCAGCCUGCACCAUCCUCUGGGCCAUGGACCAACCCUGUACAUUCUUCCCACUUUAUAGUUGAUACUUUUAUACUUGCUUCUGCUAUUGCUGCUCUUGACCUACCUACCUGUCCCUGACACCAUUUCAUUCAGGAAAGACUAGUAUAAAGAUCACCCCCGUCAAAGGGUUACAGGCUGGUAUAGAUAGCCUUGCCUACUUUGGCCUUGUGUCUUAGUCUGUUGACCUUGGGCUUGUUGAGUGAAAGGUCCCUUUGGUCUGAUAACCCUAUCCAAGCAAAUUGGGUCUAUUCACUCCAGAAGCAUACUUUGAAAACACAAAGCUUGAAUAUAAAGUAAGCGUAUGCUUGUCCCUUCCUCUGGGUGGAGCUGAGCUGAGCUGGGCACGCCUCAUGAGAGGUGGCAGAGUUGAGAGACACGCUUCACAGCAGAGGGAGGGCUGUUAGACUCUUGUGCUAGCUCCGUUCCUUGAUGCUUUGGGGAACACUUGUUGUGUAGCCCAGACUUGCCUGCAGUUUACCAUCCUGUCUCAACCUGGAAUUAUAGGCAUGUGCUACCAUGUCUGGUUUACAGUCCUAUUUUUUUUUUUUUUGACAUAAGAUCUCAUGUAGCAGCUGGGUGGUGGCGCACGCCUUUAAUCCUAGUUCUUGGGAGGCAGAGGUAGGUGGAUCUCUGAGUUUGAGGCCAGCCUGGUCUAUAGAAUGAGUUCCAGGACAAUCAGUGCUGUUACAACAGAGAACCCCUGUCUUGAUUUAAAAGGGUCUCAUGUAGCUCAGGCUGGUCCUCCUACCCCCACCUCCCAAGUGCUAGGAUUAUAAGCAUGCCCACUGUGUCCAGCUUAAUACCUUUUUAUAUUAUUAGAGAUUUAACGUGUAUGUUCAUUGUGGAAACACUUUAUAGGAGGGACACAUCGUAACCACAUUGCCCAGGCUGGCUUCAGAUUCUUUGUACUCAAGGGAUCCUCCUUCCUCAGCUUCGAGAAUAGAUGGAACUAUGGUAGACUUGGUGCCUGCUUUAGAAAAACAGAUUUUCUUUUGCAGGGAGAAGGGAACUUUUAAAUGCAGAUUAAAAUUUCACUCAAUCUGCCAGUUAGUCAUGGUUAUGCACAACUUGAAUCCCAGCACCUAGGAGGCAGAGGUAUUUCAAAAUGUUUUUUUAAUCUAAUCGGACAUUGUUUCAAAACUGGGUGUGGUGCAUACCUUUAAUCCCAGCACUCAGAAGGUAGAGGCAAGUGGAUCUCUGAGUUUGAGAUCAGCUGGGUCUGCAGAGCAAGUUCCAGGACAGCAAGAGAAACCCUGUGUCAAAAAAAGGACUAAAGGAAAAAAAUUGUCUCAAAUAUCAGUAUCAUAAAAAUAGAUAAUGAGCCAGGCAGGUGGUGCACACCUUUAAUCACUCAGGAGGCAGAGGCAGGCAAAUCUUUCUGAGUCAAGGCCAACUUGGUCUACAGAGUGAGUUCCAGAACAGCCGGGACUGUUACACAGAGAGAAAAAAAAAAUAGGGGGAAAAACAGAUAAAGGGAACAAAGCUUGGUGGCUCAUGGCUGUAAUGCCAACACUUGGAAGUCUGGGGCAGGUAGACUGCUGAGAGUCUGAUGUAGACUUAAAUUAUACUAUGAAUUUCAGAUCAGAUUUUUAAGAAUCUUUAAAAAGAAAUCACAUACACUGUAUCUGGUUUGCAUUGAUUUUGGAUGCCUUAUCAAAGCUGCCUUGUCGCCUAUGCUAUUCUUUUUUGUUUUUUUUUUUUUUUUUUUGGUGUUUCGAGACAGGGUUUCUCUGUGUAGCUUUGCGCCUCUCCUGGAAUUCACUUGGUAGCCCAGGCUGGCCUCGAACUCACAGAGAUCUGCCUGGCUCUGCCUCCCGAGUGCUGGGAUUAAAGGCACUAUUCUUAUAAUAACCAGAAUUUAGUAAUCUCCUGAGAUUCCUUUUGUUCUGCUUACAUAGAUAUUUGAGGAAUUGGUUCCUAGAUGUGGAAAUGAUAGAUCACAGGACAUUUACAGUUUCAGCAGGUAUCACAGGUAGCCUUCUGUGAACGCUAUAGUCCCACUCAUUCCAUUUGUCAACUCACACUCAUCUUGAACUUCCUUCCAUAUGUAGACGAGGUAUUGUUGAUACAUUUACUUCCUCCUCAGCAGCCUGCUCCUGGGCUGUAUGUGUCAGAGUCUUGAUUGUUCUUUUCAAUAUGUUCAAAGUCUGUUCCCUCAGCUGUUACUGUUUCAUGUUUUUAUAUGCAAUAUGAAAAUUUUAUUUUUUAUAUAUGCUAAUCUGCUUUUUAAAAUGUAUCCGUAUAUCAAUAAUAAUAAAUACUCCUCAGUGGCUGCA